AUGCGGACUUUUCCUCUUCUUAUCUCGGGCCUAAUUGCUCAUAGCGCCGCCGCACUCCUUACAGAAGUCGAAUACCCCUUUCAUCCACCAGGGCGUGGAGAUCUACGCUCGCCGUGCCCAGCACUGAACGCAGCUGCCAACCAUGGUCUACUUCCUCGUUCUGGCCGGGACAUUGAUCUUGCAACAGCUGGUAGGGCAGUUCUGUUGGGAUACAACAUGACGUACGAAACAAUGCUAGUAAUAGGACUUCCGGCCCUUAAGACUUCAACUACAGGCAAUACCUCAACGUUUCAUCUGAGCGACUUAAAUCAACAUUUUCCUCAAGCGGUGGAGCAUGAUGCAAGUCUGACGAGGAAGGAUGCGUACUUUGGUGGCAACGGCCACUUCAAUAAGGCGACUUGGAAAAGGACACUAAAGAGUUGGGGAAAUAUUGAGAUUGUAGACAUUGCAGCUGCUGCAAAAGAACUCAAAGACCGCUACGCAUACGGAGAGAAGUACAAUCCCACAUUCAAUGGGACGUUUGCUAGGACACCCGCGUUGCUCCAGUAUGGGCUUAUGUUGUCAACGUUUGGAAACACCGUCACCGGGGAUGGCAACUUAACACUCAUUCGAUACUGGAUCGAAAAAGAGAGAUUACCGCUAGAGCUUGGGUGGCAACCAUCUGCUAUUGAGCUGACCCUACCUCGAAAUCAACUUCUUGCAGGGAACAUUUCUGCUCUUUGGGAUGUCUUGGAAACAGAAUAGAGACAUUUUACGCAGAUGGUCACGAGUAGUACACGGGAUUGGCCUGAUCAUCCCCGUGUCGACGAGGGCGCGUGCAGCCACGUUAUCUAGAUAUGAUCGUUGAGCCAAGGGAUGUUCGAGACUGUAUGAUAGGGCCGCGCGAAAAUACGAUAUUACCUUC